AUGCAACUUUCCGUGUGACACGCUCUAUGAGCCUGUGUGCAGUACCAAGAACGUGACAUAUCGAAGCCAAUGUGAACUGAACCGUCAUAAAUGUAUCAUUCGUGAUAAUACGAUUGAUGUGGCUUACAUGGGGGCAUGUCCCCACGCCCCAAUAAGAUGUCCAAACCUGUGUAAACCAUCUAAAGAUCCUCACUGUGGUAGCGAUGGAGUGACGUAUCCUUCUCUGUGUGAUUAUGGGGUCGCAGCUUGUAAAGACCCCACCCUACGGCUCAGAUACGCAGGACCUUGCGUCCCAGGGACUGUAGACCCUUGUUCUCGGAUAUGCGAUAGUUUUGAAGACCCUGUCUGUGGGACAGACAGACAAACCUACUGGAAUCCUUGUCUGCUCCAGCUAGCUUACUGCAAUAAUCCUUCUAUCACGUUGGCUUACCGGGGAAUGUGUCUAGGUUCUACCUCGAGCAACAGAGCCCGCAAUACCGGAAAUGUCAAACCAUACUACACCGCUUAUGGAGCAAAGAAUCCAUUUAUGGGAUUCCCAUAAAAAUACUCGUCUUCAUGUCAUCCCGAAGGCCACUAUCUCGAGAAGAGAAUUCUACUGCUAAUGGUUCUACGGCACAAUCAUGUUCCUGUGACAAUAUCCUCAGUCGAGGGCUAAAAGUAACAAAAGAAAAGGAAGAAUAAUAGUUUGAAUAAUUUGAACAAAGUCCGGUUGUAUCAUAGUAUAUGAAAUUAAACCCCUCCUGCCUAUGGUGAUUUGUAUAUCUAAUAUGGUUAUUAUUAUUUUUAUUAUUAUAAUUAUCAUCAUCAUCAUUAUUAUUGCAGUAUCUUUUUUGUUGAUUCGGGCACCGGUAUAUUACGUAAUCAUUAAGUAAUUAUUAUGGUGGGAAUCAUCAAAAAUGAGAAAAAUGUGAAGAAUUAUUAUUUAUUAUUUUUUAACCGGGAUUGUUAAAAGUUGCAUGUUGUAGCCUAUAGGAUUAUAUAUGGACUAUAAAUUGUAACGCGUGUCAAUUAAUCUAGAUUCUCUUUUUCAACAUGAAUUUCACUUCGUCUAUGAUUGCUAAUGAUUACAAUGCGUUUAAGAUAUUAAUAUAAACUUAUUGUUGUGCCUCAUUGUUUUGAUCGUCCACCUUCUCUUUCACAUGAUGUUUAAGGAAUGAUUUCAUUAUUAAUAUAAUUAUCCAUAUUUUAUAGUGCAUUGGAUUUUUUGAAGAAAUAAAAAUGAGAUUGAAUAAUUGCGAAUUUUAAAUGCUGUGAAAUGUUCAUUUUCAAUAAAUAUAAAUAAAAAAGGUA